CCCCCUCCUCCUCCUCCUCCUCCCCCUCCCUUCCCUCCCCCUCUGCGCCGAUGGACGCCGCGGCGGGGCCGCCGGACGCGGGCGCGGCGGCGGAGGGCCCCCGGGUGCUGCUGCUGGGCGAGGCCAACUUCUCCUUUGCCCUCGCGCUGGCGUCGCAGCUCGCCGGCGGCGGGCCCUGCCCGGCCGAGGCCUACCUGGGGCUGCUGCCCGCGGCUGCCCGGCGCGCCCACGUCGUGGCCUCGUGCUACGAGUCCGCCGAGGAGGUGGUCCAGAAGUACCCCGAGGCGGCCGGCAUCCUGGCGCGCCUGAGCGCCCACCGCGGCUCGCCGCGCGCGGAGGCCCGCUUCGGGGUGAACGCGUGGGACCUGGCCGGCACCCUGGGCGAGGAGGCGUGCUGGGACGUCAUCGCGUGGAACCACCCCCACCUCGGCACGGAGAACUGCCGGCUGCACGGCCGCCUCCUGGCGCACUUCUUCGCCUGCGCCCUGCGGCAUCUGCGCCCCGGCGGCAGGAUCGUGCUCAGCCUGCUGGAGGGGCAGGAGGCGCGCUGGGAGCUGUCGGUGCAGGCGGAGCGGCUUGGGCUCGCGCUGUCGACGCCAGUCCAGUUCCGCGCUGGCGACUUCCCGGGCUACGAGUGCAAGCGGAACACGACCGGGAAGUCCUUCAAGAACCUGCACUCGCAGAGGCACGCGGCACCGGGGACCCCCGAGAUGCGCAGCUGGCUCCACCACGCGCGGCCGUCCGCCGACUGCCCUGUGCCAGAGGCCCCCGGCCCCAGCACCGUCUUGCCUGCGGCCGCAUCAGACGCCGCUCGCGCUGCUCGCGGCGGCUCCGCCGACGCGGACCCGACCUCGUGCCGGCCCGCGGCGAGCGCCACGUGCGACCUGUGCGGCAGGGUCUUCUCCUGCGCGCAGGGGCUGCGCACGCACCGGCGGCAGGUGCACGAGCUCCAGAAGUACGGCGAGGCCGCGGCGGGAGAGGCGUUCGCCUGCCCCGAGUGUGGCCGCUGCUUCCGCGACCAGGCCUCCCUGCAGCAGCACGCCCUG